CAUCUUUGUCCCAUCAAUGAGUGAAAGCAACGAGUCAUCCAUUCCGUUGGAUCAAAGCAUAGAAACCACUCUUGAUUCUCUUUCGUUAUCGGAAGAUGCUCGUUGUACAUGUCAUCAAAGCGUGCCGCACCAUGAGAACUCUCAGAGUGACCCUGGUGCUUAUGAAGAGGUAGAUUAUGAUUUUGUGCCGACACCAGAUGCAGUGUAUGUGGAACAAAUGCGUCACCAAGCAGCCAUAAGGAAGGCACUGGACCAGCAAACCCAGAUACUUUAUGAACAGUAUGCCAGGGAGCAGCAUCCGAAGGAUCCCGAACAACAAAAAGAUCUCGUUUUGAAGAUGCAAGAACAGUAUUUCAAUCACUACUUGACUGACAUCCAGCCAUACAUUUUAUCCCACCGUCAGCAACAACUGGAGAAGUUAUCUCUUACACACGAGCUGAGCGAAGAGGAGACAUCAGGGAUGAAAAAGGACCAAUUAAUCAAUGCGUUACCACUGCUUCCUGCCAUCAUUUGGACUCGCAAGGAUAUACGAGAAUUCAAGCAGAGGAUUUUGAAAACUGACCCCCAGUGCUGCAUCAAAAUUGGAUCGCUAUCUACUGCUGUAAUUCGCGUACCAACUCAUCCAGACGGCAGCUCUGUUUUCUGGGAGUUUGCCACGGAUCAUUAUGACUUAGGAUUCGGUUUGUAUUUUGAAUGGAAUACAGAACCACAAAGCAACGUUUCAAUAAGCAUAGCAGAGUCCAGUGACGAAGAGGAUGGAUACGAGGACGACGAUUCAACUGGGCGUACCGACGCGCUCCGCGGCCACGGAGAUGCUGGAAAUCAGAGUGAUGUCGAAAGUGGUCAAAAAAGUUCCGAUCCUCAGCUGCCUACGGAUGAAUUGAUUCCCAUUUACAGACGAGAUUGUCACACGGAAGUAUACUGUGGUAGUCAUCAUUAUCCUGGUAUCGGUGUUUACAUCUUCAAGUUUGAUAAUUCUUUCUCAUUGUGGCGUUCGAAGUGGCUUUAUCACUCAAUUUACUACUCUUCAUAGCACCAUUCCGUCUGGUGGUCCAGCUCCUCCUCCUCCUGUCCCUAGUCAUUGUCGUCGCCAAAGCUAACUUUUAUUCUGAGCUCCCCAUUUUGAACCGGCUCUCCUCGCCGUUGUCUGUUUUGUCAUUCUACUUCUCAUUUGAUACUCUUGACUUCAUGUGUUUCAUUUCAACGUUUUAUCUCCCUGCACCAUCGGGCCAGCAUCACUCGCUCGCUGCAUUUGUUUUUUCUCCAACUGUAAUUCAACUGUUCAGGCAAUUUGCUUAUCCUGAUAGACACUAUCGUUUAAUGUGAUAGUUGCUUUUAUACAUCCAAUCUCCACACUUUGACGUUGCACUUCCAAUCGAUCACAUUUUCUUGAACCCCACAUCCAACUGAGACAUUCUGAAUAAAUAUAUCUGAUAUUACCUU